CCGAGGCGGCCGGAGGGGCGGGGGCAGUGGCCGCCGCCGUUUGAUGGAUCCGAGGAUCGCCUGGUUCCAGCCAGAGCAGCUCGGACCGUCCAACAGUCUGUGGAUGCAGAUCUGGGAGACGACCCAGGGGCUGAGGAACCUUUACUUCAACCACCACUGUCACAGCAGCGGCGGCGGCGGCGGCGGCGGCGGCAGCGGCAGCGGCAGCAGCAGCAGCACGGCCUCGGGCGCGAGCGGCGGGAGCACCGGCAGCCCCGGCGGCGCAGCCCCGGCCCCGGCCCCCGCCCCAGCCCCAGCCGGUAUGCUCCGCUCCGGGGAGCGCCUGCCGGUUGGCCACGCGCGGCCCUCCGAGCAGCGGGACUUCCUACCCCUGGAGACGACCAACAAUAACAACAACCACCCCCAGCCAGCGGCCUGGGCCCGUCGCACCGCCUCGGGACCCCCGGCCACCCCGACCCCUUUGGCGGCCCCGGCCCCACGCUCCUCGGCCGCCGUGCCCACCGCGGAGCCAGCCGACCCGGCCUCGGGCAGCAGCAACAAGCGGAAGCGCGACAACAAGGCCAGCACCUACGGACUCAACUACAGCCUGCUGCAGCCCAGCGGAGUGCGAGCUGCGGGGGGCGGCCGGGCAGAAGGCGGCGGGGGCGUGUACAGCGGGACCCCGUGGAAGCGGAGGAACUACAACCAGGGAGUCGUGGGUCUGCAUGAAGAAAUCAGUGAUUUUUAUGAAUAUAUGUCUCCAAGGCCUGAGGAGGAGAAGAUGCGGAUGGAGGUGGUGAGCAGGAUCGAGAGUGUGAUUAAGGAGCUGUGGCCCAGCGCUGACGUCCAGAUAUUUGGAAGUUUUAAAACUGGCCUGUAUUUGCCUACUAGUGACAUUGAUCUUGUGGUGUUCGGGAAGUGGGAGAACCUGCCCCUCUGGACUCUGGAAGAAGCCCUUCGGAAACACAAAGUUGCAGAUGAAGAUUCUGUGAAAGUUCUAGACAAAGCAACUGUACCUAUUAUUAAAUUAACAGAUUCUUUUACUGAAGUGAAAGUUGAUAUCAGCUUUAAUGUCCAGAAUGGAGUGAGAGCAGCAGACCUCAUCAAAGAUUUUACUAAGAAAUAUCCUGUAUUGCCAUACCUGGUUUUAGUAUUGAAACAAUUCUUAUUACAGAGGGACCUUAAUGAAGUAUUUACAGGUGGAAUUGGUUCUUAUAGUCUCUUUUUAAUGGCUGUCAGUUUCCUUCAGUUACAUCCCAGGGAAGAUGCCUGCAUCCCCAAUACAAACUAUGGUGUUCUCUUAAUAGAAUUUUUUGAAUUAUAUGGACGACACUUCAAUUAUUUAAAGACUGGCAUCCGGAUAAAGGAUGGCGGUUCAUAUGUGGCCAAAGAUGAAGUACAGAAAAAUAUGCUGGAUGGCUACAGGCCAUCAAUGCUUUAUAUCGAAGAUCCUUUACAACCAGGUAAUGAUGUUGGAAGGAGUUCCUAUGGGGCCAUGCAAGUGAAACAGGCCUUUGAUUAUGCCUAUGUUGUGUUGAGUCAUGCUGUAUCACCGAUAGCAAAAUACUAUCCCAACAACGAAACAGAGAGCAUAUUAGGUAGGAUAAUUAGAGUAACAGAUGAAGUUGCUACGUACAGAGAUUGGAUCUCCAAGCAGUGGGGCUUACAGAACAGGCCGGAGCCAUCAUGCAAUGGAAAUGGUGUUACCUUGAUAGUAGAUACUCAGCAGUUAGAUAAAUGUAAUAAUAAUCUGUCUGAAGAAAAUGAAGCCCUUGGAAAAUGUAGAAGUAAAACUUCGGAAUCUCUUAGUAAACACUCUUCAAACUCUUCAUCAGGUCCGGUGUCGUCCUCUUCUGCCACGCAGUCCAGCUCCAGUGAUGUGGAUUCAGAUGCAACACCAUGCAAAACUCCAAAACAGCUGCUCUGCCGUCCAUCCACGGGGAACCGAGUAGGGUCACAAGAUGUGUCCUUGGAGUCCUCUCAGACAAUUGGGAAAAUGCAGAGCACCCAAACUACUAACACACCCAACAGCACCAACAAAUCUCAGCAUGGAUCAGCAAGGCUCUUUCGUUCUUCCAGCAAAGGCUUCCAAGGUACAACUCAGACAAGCCAUGGUUCCUUGAUGACAAACAAACAACAUCAAGGCAAAUCCAAUAAUCAGUAUUACCAUGGCAAAAAGAGGAAACACAAGAGGGACACGCCCCUCUCAGACCUUUGUAGAUAGUCGGCGCUGUGCGAUGGACUGUCUUCUGUGUGCAAUGCUCUCAUGCUCAGGACAGUUGCAUAGGGACUCCUGGGACACAUUCAGGAGCCUCACACUGUUGAGACGUUGAUUUAGCAACUGCAUUUUUUCCCAGCUCGCCACGGAAUGGAUCAUGGAGACUGACAACUGCAAAAACAGAAAAUAAGCAAAACAGGGGAAAAAAGCUGCUUAUUUGAUAAGUCGUAUGCUACAACAGGGUCAUUUUAAGAUUUAAAGCUUGAAUGUAAAAUACAUAUAUUUCUCAUUGGCUUUAUGCAGAGUUAUAGGGAAUAGUAUUCAGUGUGGGUAGGGUGAUAGAAAUAAAAACAAUUUCAGAGGAUGGGGUGGGAAAGGCAAACAGAAGUAUCUUAUAGAAAGUCCAGAUUCCAAAGGGGAAGGUGAUCUGUGCAUGUUUUUUUUUAAUAUUUUUGCAUAUAUUUACCAUUUUAUUGUGUGUAUAUAUAGAAGACCAUAUAGGAAAUUGAUAUUUGUAAUAGUGGAUUUGUUAAUACUUUUUACAUAACAUUACUGUUUGAAUUGUAAACAGAUUUCUUCUCAGGAUUAGUUUGAAGAGUAAUCUGAAUUGUCAUCUUGACAUCCAUAUAUAGGGAAGUGAUUAGUUCUGUUACUCUGUUUUCCUCAGCAUUGAAAUGACUUAAUAGAAUCCUUGUGACCUGCUUCAGAUUUUUUUCCUCUCUAAAGAAAAGGUUUAUGGUGGCAAAUGACUUUUAUUUUAUUUUAUAAAAAAAAAAAGAAAAAAGAAAAAUGUACGGUGUACUUUUGUGUAAACACUGAAAAAUCUCUAGUCAUCUCUGAGAACUAACUUGCUCCUGUUUUCUAUCGUGCUGUCGUUUUGGGCAACGGGCAAUUACAUGACUUCGUAUUUGUUUCCUUUGCAGUCUUUUCCCCCCCCUUUCUUUCUCUCUUUACCCUGUUCCCCAGUAGAAAACUCAAGGCCACCCUCGUCUGGUCUCAUUCCUGUUGCAGUGAAAUCUCAAGCUCCACGGACUUUGCAUGCUGCCUCCUCUGACCCUGUGUGCUGUGUGUGCUUGUGUUUCUCAUCUCUUAUUCUUUUAAAUUCAUGCUUAACUACUGUGGGAGAGAAUAACUGUAAACAGCUUUAAUUAAAUCAUACUUAUAAAAAACUAUUUUCUUAUACUCCAUUUUAUGCUUUUGGUAUUGUCGAUCUUUAAAAAUUAAAUGGUCUUUGAUAAUGGAUCUAUUUUGUAUUGCCUUAUUAAGACCAAAUACUUCUAGCCAUCCCAGUCUUAUCCUCUCCUUUCAUGGAAUUGUUAUCUUUAAUUAAAACUUUUUUGAACAUUGGCUUGUUUUAAUCAUACUGUAAAUUUUGAUUGUUUUUUGAAUGCAAAUGAGAUGUAAAAUUCUGUUAUUCAUCACCUGUUGAGUUUGAAACUCGGUUGGGAAUAUUUAAUAUAAUAGAAUGAAUGUAAUUGACAUUUCUGGAAACGCUUUCUUCCAAAGUGAAAGCUCUUAUGUUUCGCAUCACUGUAUGUGGCUAUGUUAAAUAGAGCCAUUUCUGAGAUGAGAUUCUUU